AACGGGGGGAAGGGUGGGGGAGCACUUUUAAAUGUGAUGUUCCUACCUUUCUUAUUUUAUUGAAAACCCAACUGUAAUUGAUUGUUUGAAAAUGUUACGCCAAACAGUUUUAUCACACUCAUUCAAAACAACUUCGCAGAGUUUGCUUUUUAUUCCAAAGAGAUGGAACAAUAAAAAAUACAAGGAAAUGCAACUAGAAAAAUUAAGCAAUCGUGUGAAAGCGUUGACACAGUUUGACGAUUUCUACCCAAGUCUGUUUCAAGAUCAGUGGCCAUCCAUACGAGUUGCUUUAUUGUGUGCCGAAAAGAAAGGUGUUGUAAUUAAUAACUUUAGUGACAAGGAAAGAAUACGUAAGCAGUUACAGAAUAUGGGGGCAUAUAACAUACGGAAAAUAUAUGAGGACCAAUCAAAGGCAUUAAAAAUAAAAAUAGAUUCAUCUGAUCCCUCUAGUACAAGUUCGAAGAAUAUUUAUCAAAUAGAAGGAGGAAUUGGAGAAACUUUCAUUAGACAACAGCAAAAUGAUAUGGCAGAUAUCUAUCCAGAACCUCUUGACAGUGAAGUUGUUGAAAAAAUUUCUCAAAAUUUGGUUGCGAAGCAUGGAGAAAAGGUUUCAGAUGAGUCAGAUGAUGAAAGCUUACCUGAUGAUCCUACUAAAGACCAGCCACUUUCAGAAUCCUUAAAAAAUGCUGAUUAUGAUUCAAGUCGUUUGAUUUUUCCUGGACCAACUGGCAUUGCUUUGUCAGCUUCACUAUAUGAUUAUGUACCUGCAACAAAACUUAAAGGGAUGGAUGAUUUUAUCCCAGAGUCUUCACACUAUAAAUAUUAUAAGGAUGUUGUGGAGGCCCCGAUUGAUUUUGAAUUAGAUACAGAGCUUUCAUUUCCCCAGCAUCUUGAUGUUUAUGCCUAUGAGCGUGGUAACUGUGAUACCUUCAAUUAUUCAACAAGAGGAACAACUGAAGUGUAUGACUAUCACAUCCUGAAAUUAGGGACCCUUGCCCCAGUUUUGGCCCUUGGAUUAAAGGAAGGUGAAACAGUAUUAGACCUGACUGCAUCAUCACUAGAUAUCCCAAUGCUUAUAUGUCAAACUCUAAUUCCUGGUUUGUUUGUCAUAAAUUGUGGAAAGACAAGAAGGUUUGGAUAUUUUUUAAAAUACUUUGACUCAUUUUUUUAUGAGACCAGUUCAGACACCUGUAAUUUUGUCUUGACUGAUGAUCAUCCUCUUGCCAUAGAAGAUGCGGGACUUUAUGACAAGGUGAUUGUAACUGUUCCUAGUACUUUUGAUCGUGAAGCAGUAAAUAAGAAUGAAGGGAAUAUGUUUAGUCCUUCUCUGAUUCAAGAAAGAUUAAGAUUACCAGAAUUGCAGACAGCUUUUCUUAGCAAGGCCAUGGAUCUAGUAAAGGAGGGUGGAACAGUAGUUUACUGCACUGAAACACUGUCGCCCAUUCAAAAUGAUGCUGUUGUACAAAGAGCAUUGGAGAAGCAAUGGACUGAGUCUAAGACAAAGUUUACAAUAAAAGACUUAAGUAGAACAAUGGAACCGCUUCAGCCGAUGCUUAAAAUUGUCCCUAGUGGCAAGUAUGGACAACUAGUCACUCCAUUUCUACCAAAUAACUGUGGACCCCUGUACUUUUCAAAAAUUGUAAAGAAUAGAAACCAAACCGGUGAAGAAUAGAUCUCUUGUCCAAAUAAAGUAAGUAGUUUCUCUCUA